UGUCCUCAACAUCUUCAGUUCUUCACAUCUUUCAUCUUUGUCAUCUCAAACUCUUCAUACACCAAAAAUCUUUCUUCUCCUUCAUCUCCUCUUUCCAUUAGAACCAAGCAACUAACAGUGUUCAAAUGAUGGAGAGGACUUGCAAGGGAAAGGGAAGUACCAGCUUGGAAGAUAUUGUGUUCUCUUGGACUCUUAGCGAUGCUCUCAACGAAAAUCUUUACAAACACAAGGUGCCAAAGAUCCCAUUAACAUUUUUGUCAGCAACAGAAUACAUGAAAUCCUUUAUUCCUUCACUGAUUGAGGAAACACACAGUGAUCUGUGUUCCAGCUUGAAGAGCAUUUCUCAAGCCCCUUGUGAAAUCCUGACAUAUAAGAGGAUGAGUGAGGGCUUGCUCUAUCAAUUGACAUUUGAUGAGAUUCAUGAUGGAAGGUAUGAACCUGCAUUUGGGGAUGUUAUCGCCCUCACAGAUGGGAGGCCAAAAGGCAUUGAAGACUUGAACCAACCCGGAAGACUUUAUCAUAUUGCUUAUGUUCGAUGGUCAAAAGAGGGUCAGAUCACAAUACUCUUGUCAAAGAGCAUAGAGACUGAACCAGAUGUGAGGAGCAACAAUGCACAAAUGCUGUAUGCCACCUAUCUCAUCAACUUGACAACCAACAUUCGUAUUUGGAAGGCCUUGAACUCACAGCUGCAAGGUGCAAGCUUGGGUGUUAUUGGAAAAAUUCUUCAAUCUGAAAAAUUGGUAAGAAUCAGAUGGUAUUUGAUAUGUGAGAACCCUAUUGUUGCAGAUUGGAAAGAGCAGUCACGUUUUCCCUUCAAUAGAGCACGCUAACACAGACAUUUCUAUCAUAACAAGCAUAAUCAAAUCUCAAAAUCUGAAUGAAUGCCAGGAAGAUGCUGUGUUAAGUAGUGUUGCAAUGAAGAAAUGUCAUCACAAUCACACUGUGAAACUUAUCUGGGGCCCUCCUGGGACUGGCAAAACUAAGACAGUUGCAUCCAUGCUCUUUGCACUGCUGAAACUAGAAACCAGAACAUUAACAUGUGCUCCCACCAAUA